UCUUUCCUCUACAUAUCCAUUUAAUAAUUCUAUUAAUUCGUCUCCAGUCACUACAAUUAUCUCAACCAUUUCUUCAGUCUCAACAGCUUCAACAUUUGCUCAAGCUUCUUUAAAUACAAAUGCUUUUCAGCCAACCAGCUCAACUUCAACAUUAGCAUCGACUCGUCCUAUUUAUGCCAUCGAGGUCUCUCCAAUUUAUUUUAACUUCCCUGACGUUAAGGUUCCUGUUGCAUACAAAGCUAAACUCGUCCGAUAUUUAUCCCACGCGAAGAAUUUAUACUGUCCUGUACACGAAGACCUAUGCGGUUUUACUCAAAUGAUUGACUUAUCAGAUUACGAACGCACUGACCAGAAAUUUCUGACUCAGUUUUAUUUUGGCAAAUUCCGUCGACAUUUUCUCCUGCCUGAUGGUGAAACCAUGAUCAAUGAUCCGCCUGGUAUAUUAUACAGUAAAUUUUCUCUUCGGCAAAUGAAGCUUCGCGGGGGCCGAGCUUAUUUUCGGUACCUGUUGAAUAUGCCUUGUUACAAGUGCUUCAACGAACGAUUUAUUUAUGAAGUCUACCGCGUCUCGCUGUGGGCCAAGCAUAAGAAGAUAUCGAGUGCACAGACUUUGGGCGAUCUCGCUUUGACUCUGUCAUACCUAGAACGUCCCACUGCCGGGACAACAAAGCUACAUAGAUGGAUUACACCUCAAGUUGCUGUUAUCGCGCAUUUUCUUACAUAUUACGCUAUAGAAUGUGCUGUACGCAAGAUAUCGUUCAACUACUUUGACGUGGCAAUUGAUUAUGCCUUACGUUCUCUUAACUCCUCCGUGAGCAAAUUAUUCGAACGAAUGACGGCGAACAAUAUUCAGGUCUCCACUAGGUGCACCUUGCGUCAUACGUUAACAACGGCAUUACUGAUGCAAAUUAUGCUUGAAAUGGACCAAGCCGGUAUUUCUUCAGCAACGUAUCCUUUUUGCUUCAUCCGCGAGUUCAAGAAGGCAAAUGACGUCAAAGAUUUGUUGAGAAGUGACCCGGAAUAUUGCAGUAUAUGCAUUAAUGUGAAAUUGGACGAGAAUGUGAACUUUGGAUGCCUGAGCGACUGCAUCCACAUCUUCUGCUACCAGUGCUUGAUGAAGUGGCGAGCUGUCAGUGAAUGCUGUCCACUCUGCCGCGCGAGCGGCCGUCUCGUCUUCAGUCGCGAUCAGUUUCUCGCCUGCAAAGCGUUUUACGAUCAAUUUUUCGCCACCGUAGUUGCGGCAGCAGCUGCGAGAUUGAGGGGACGGAGUAGUGACAGCGCGAGUGGUAGUGGUGGUGAUGGUUUUUUUGUUGAAUAA